UACAGCGCAACCAUGGCAGCUGACCUGGCGUCCGUCGCUGCGAAGCUCGCUGCUCCGGGCAAGGGUCUGCUGGCAUCGGAUGAGAGCACUGGAACAAUCGGUAAACGGCUGGAGAAGGCUGGCCUGCCGAAUACGGAGGACAUCCGCCGGUCGUACCGCGAACUGUACUACACCACUCCGGGUAUGGGCCAGUAUAUCAGCGGUGUGAUUAUGUUUAAAGAAACGUUGUACCAGUGUACGGCAUCUGGUCGCCGCUUCGUGGACGCUUUGGCGGACGAGGGGAUCCUGGCGGGCAUCAAAGUGGACGAGGGUCUCGCACCCCUGCCGGGGGGUGGUGACGGGGAGACAUACACCCGGGGCCUGGAGGGGCUGGAGGCGGCGUGUCGCGAGUACGUCGCGGCCGGAGCGAAGUUCUCCAAAUGGAGGGCCACUCUCAAGGUCUCAGACGUCCUCCCCUCUGAUGCGGCGGUGGAGCGCAACGCCGAUGACCUGGCCAGAUACGCCAGGAUAUGUCAGGAAUGCGGUCUGGUGCCCGUGGUGGAGCCGGAGAUCCUGAUCGACGGCCCCCACUCGCUGGCGCGUUUCGGAGCCGUCACUGAGCGGGUUCUGGAGGCCACGGUGGCGGCUUUGCGGCGACACGGUGUUUUGCUGGAGGGUUGUCUGUUGAAGCCGCAGAUGGUCAUCCCGGGGUCGGAGGCGGAGGGGGGGAGGGCGGCGCCGGAGGAGGUGGCGAAACACACCGUGGCGGCGUUGAGGCGGGUGGUUCCCCCGGCCAUUCCCGGGAUCAUGUUUUUGUCGGGGGGCCAGACGGAGGAGGAGGCGACGGCGAACCUUAACGCCAUCAACCGGGAGGCGCAGGCUGUGGGUCGCUGCCCCUGGAGCUUGUCCUUCUCAUUCGGACGGGCGCUGCAGGCCUCUGUUCUCAAGUUGUGGUCAUCCGACCAGACCCGGGUUUCGGAGGCUCAGCAGCUGGCGCUGGCGCUGGCCCGGGCGAACAGCGAGGCGGCUCUGGGCCUGUACGGCACCUCGGGGGCCAGCCACCCCUCGACUCUGUCGGUGGACUCUCUGAGGGAGAACUUCCGCGGCUGGGGGGGCCGGGACGCGCAGGUGACAGCCGCCGGGGUGAAGGGGGGUGAGGAGGGGGCUGCUGAGGGGGGAGGUGUGGCGCAGUGA